AGAGAGACGCACAGUCAUCUUGCCUCCAAUCACUUCAGUCAGUGUUGCAGUGACAUUUGACGAGCUAACAACGCGAGAAAUGGACGGUGACCGGAGAGAAACAUAUCUCAAACAGCAGCUUUUAACGGAGAUUUUAUCACGCAAUCCGGAUUUACGCGGCGCAAAGGUACUGCAAUGCACGCUUCGAAUGCCGCAAAGCAUGGAUGGUUUCAUGGCAACAAUAUAUAAUUUGGAGGUGACUUUCAGAGAAACCGGUUGCAGCGAAUCCAAAGAUUUGAAUAUUUUAAUUAAGGUAAUGAAAGGUGACGAAGAUUUCCGGCGCCAAUCGCUGGGGCUGAUUUUGUUCCCAAAUGAAAUCAAUGUAUACCGAAAUAUACUGCCUGCUUUCAAACAGCUUAUAACUGACAGUAAAUCAUCUAUCGAGGCUGGGACCUGGUGUCCUCGAAUUUAUUAUUCCGAACAGGGCAGCUUUCCUGGCUACAGUGACCAAUUUGAGACAAUUUUAGCAAUGCAAAACGUUCAGUGCCUCGGUUUUGUUUCAGGCCCACGUCUCGAUCUCGAUGAAGAUCACCUCACGCUUAUGACGCGUAAAAUUGCUCAGUUUCAUGCAUGUAGUUAUGCGCUUCGCAUACUGAACAAUCAAAAAUUGAAUCAAUUGGUCGAGGCAAUCAUUCCGCUCAACUUUAUUCAAGAUGGGAAGAUAUUCUUCGAAAGCUGUGAUUUGGUGUUCCGAUAUACACAAGAAAGAAUGUAUAAGUAUUUUGACGCAAAUACUGAACUCGUAGCGGAUACCAAUGUUCGUGCAGACAUAGAGAUGCUUCGAAAGAUAUACGGCAGUGAACCUUCACGGUUGAUGCAGAGGUGUCUAGAGCAGGAUGAUGUAUAUUCGGUUAUACUACAUGGUGACUACAACCGGAACAAUGUGUUGUUCAAGUACCAAAACGAGACGCCGGUGGAUAUGAUUAUGAUAGACUUUCAAGAGAAUAGGUUUGGAUCUCCUGCGUUAGAUCUUUCCUUUUUCAUGUAUAUGAACAUGACCGAAGAUGUGCGAGAAAGAAGCUGGGACCGUAUUUUGCGAUGCUACCACCAAGAACUGUUCGAAUGUAUCUGUAAAAUAACUGAUUUGCCUGCGGAUGAUGUGCGAUUGGAACCAUACUCAUUUGAAAGCAUUAUGUUACACUUAAACGAUUACCUCGCAUACGGUGCAAUGAUUGCUGUGAAGUUCCUACCCGUAAUGAUGGGCUUGCCGGAAGAAGUAGAACUCAUUGUGCACUAUUUUCACAACGACAUCCAUGCGGAUGGUUUCAAAGAAAUAAUACAAAAAUCUGGUGGCGAUGUAGCAAAUCGACGAAUCAUGAGUGUAGUUAGUCACUGCUCCAGAAUGGGUUAUCUGAAAUUUCUGUGGAAAUAAUGUAGGGUGGUUGGAUAAUAAUGUACUGUCCACCUUUCGUACUUCGUGUCAUUACGAUUUUUACAGAGUAAAAAAAUUAAAAAAAAAAAGAA